ACGUGGCCUUGAGGACGAGCGACGGCGACCGCAGGGGCAGCGGGAGCGGCGCGCGCGCAGGAAGGGGAGGCUCUGCCGGAGCCUCGAGCUGUCACCCUGGGUAGAGUGCUGUGACAUCACAGUUUACAGCAACCUCAAACUCCUGGGCUCAAGUGAUUCUUCUGCCUCCACCUCUCAAGUAGCUGGGACUACAGAUGCCUGCCACCAUCCCCAGCUAAUUUUGGUUGCAGCCGUCAUUGUUGUUUGGUGGGCCCCGGCUGGAUUCGAACCUGUCAGCUCAGGUGCAAUUUGGCUAAUGAACAAGGUGGUGAGGUCAUCAAGUGAGUCAGAGGUGCCGCUCUGGGAAACAGAAGAGGAUGACAUGACAGAAGGUGACUUGGGGUAUGGCUUUGGCAGAAGACCUGGUGCCAUUUAUCAAGUUUUGGAACUGUCACAAUUAUUUACAUCUAGAAAAAGAUCAGAUGGAAAAAACUUUAGCCCUCCACCAUUCCCAAGAAAAGAGGAAGAAAGAAGUGGAGGUAUUUUUCAAUAUUCCAAGCAUAAGAGCUUACAAGAGACAUACUCUCAGGGGGCCAGAAUCCCCAGCUACAGGAGACAAAGUAGCACUGAUUCUAAUUCAGAAUUGUCAAAUGAAGAAUUAAGGCAACAUCUUCAGGAAACUUUAGAGGAGGUAGGAAUUUUAAAAACUGAACUUGAGGCAUCUCAAAGACAACUGGAAAGUAAAGAGGAAGCACUGAAAAUUCUUCAAAGCAUGGCAAUAUUUGGUAAAGCCACAAGUCACACCCAGGCAGUGCUUCAAAAAACUAUGGAACAAAAGAGAUUCUUGGAGAAGGAAGUAAAUGCCUUACAGUGGGAAAUGGAAUUUGAUCAGAAUAGAUUUAAAAAUAUAGAAGAAUCUUGGACUCAAAAAUAUGACAGACUAACCUGUGAAAAUGCAGUCCUCAAAGAGAAUUUGAAAUUGAAAACAGAAGAAAUUAAAAUGCUAAAGUCUGAAUAUGCAGUCUUAAAUCAACAGCAUUUGGAGGCCCUUGCCAUGCUUGAUCUCAAACAGCAGAAGAUGGCUCAGGAAAACAUGUGCCAAGAUAAAAGUGGCUUCGCAGAGGUUUCAGGUCUUGAGCUUGCAGUCCUUGGAGCCUGCCUCUGUCAUGGACCUGGAGGGAGCCCCUGCUCUUGUGCCAAAAUGGCAGCAUCCACUCGGAAAAUGCUUCUUCAGCUCAAACAAGAGUUGGAACUUUUGCAGAAGAGUAAAGAAGAAGCUUACCUAAUGGCAGAUGCAUUCAGAAUUGCAUUUGAGCAACAAUUAAUGAGGAAAAAUGACCAGGCAUUAAGAUUGACACAAGUGGAUAAAAUGUGUAAAAAAGCAACAAAAUGGAUAAAUUGGAAGCACCUUAAAGAGGAUGGAUGUCCACCGCAGAGGAGUAGGAAAACCUUAGGGCAGAAACUCUUGGGUAUGCUACCUUUAGAAAACACUUCCGAGCAGACAGAAGACCAGGAUGAUCCUGAAGAAGUCUUCAAGAUGUUGAUAGAUUUGUUGAAUGAUAAAGAAGAAGCUUUGGCCCAUCAGAGAAAAGUUAGUUACAUGCUUGCUCAGGCAUUGGAAGAUAAAGACAGUGCCUUAAAAGAGAAUGAAGAAAAAAAUGCUAUGAAAGAGAAUUCUCCAUUCAAAAAUCCCUGGCAUAAAACAUCAGAAUUCUCUGUUUUACGUGAUCCUGUACAUUCAAGCGUCCAAAUUUUUAAUUCUGCAGGUUGCAUUUGUUCAAUCCAGCGCUCUCAAACAGAUCCAAACUAUACAAGAACUCUUAAAAGAUCCCAUUCUUUGCCAUCAAACAUCACAUUUUGAAGACAAGCCAGCUGAAAUUAGAUCUGAGAAGUGUUUAAGACAUCUGAAAAAGGAUUGUAUAAAUGUUGCUAUAUUUUGAGUUGUAUGUUUCCCAGGUAUUUCUAAAUUUUAGGAGGCAGCUUAAAUCAAACGCUUUCUAUAUUUUGUACAAGAAAUUAUUUAGCCUACCAUGUCAGCUGCUCAUGAGGCUGAGGCAGGAGAAUCACUUGAGCCCAGAAGUUUGAGGCUGCAGUGAGCUAGGCUGAGGCCAUAGCAUUCUAUCCUUGGACAACAGAGUGAGACUCUGUCUCAAAAAAAAAAAAAAAAAUUACUUGGUAUUCUGUGUUGACAGAUUGAUAAGUGGUAUUAUUUCAGAUUAUGAAGUUUUCAGCGUUUGCCAACAUCUUAAAAACAAAAUUUUGGCAAAAAAAUUUUGCCAAAAAUUAUUAAAAAGCAAAAAAUUAUUUAACUACAAUAGGACCUCUGUAAGUUGACCACCCAUAGGACUGUAACAAACUGGUCAACAUACAGAGGGAGACAACAUAAGGAACUGUCUACUAUACUGAUGCAUACAUGUGGUCAAUUUAAGGAGGUGGUCAAUGUAGGAAGGUCAACUAUGGAGGUUCUACGGUACUUAGAUUGACUAAAGGGAUCUUAGAUUGGCUAAAUCAGCAUGUAUUUUUUUUUUUUUUUUUUGAGACAGAGUCUCACUAUUUUGCCCUUGGCAACCUCAAACUCUUGGGCUUAAGUGAUUCUCUUGCCUCAGCCUCCCAAGUAGCUGGGACUACAGGUGCCUGCCACAAUGCCCAGCUAUUUUUUGGUUGUAUUUAUCACUGUUGUUUGGCAGCCCCCGUGUAUGUGGCCGGCGCCCUAGCCGCUGAGCUACAGACACCAAACCAUCAGCAUGUAUCUUAAUCCCCUAAGAAGAAACAAUGCCUAGGAGUGACUGAAUAUUAAAUUUUGAAAUAUAUUUAUCUUGUUUUAUUUGCCUUUUGGGUUUUUUUUUCAUAUACCAUAUAAAGUUUAAAAGUAACAAUUUUCUUGGCCAGGUGAGAUGUCUCAUGCCUAUAAUCCUAUCACUCUGAGAGGCCAAGUUGGGCAGAUUGCUUGAGCUCUGGAGUUUGAGACAAGCCUGAGCAAGAGUGAGACCCUAUCUCUAAAAAUAUUAGCCCAGAGUUGUGGCAGACACCUGUAGUUCCAGUUACUCGGGAGGCUGAGGCAAGAGGAUUGCUUGAGCCCAAGAGUUUAAGGUUGCUGUGAGCUAUGAUGCCACAACACUCUAUGCAGAGCAACAAAGUGAGACUCUGUUUCAAAAAAACCAAACCAACAAACAAAAAAAACACCACCACCAACAAAAACAAUUUCUUAAAUUCACUUCAAUUGAAAAGCUGUGAUGGUAGGAAUUUGGCAGAAAUAUAUUCAGAGUCAUUGCUAGUUAUCUUCAUAACUUUUUUUUGUCAGAGUCAAAACAUGUUAUAGUUUGUAGCCAGAUUUUUUUUUUUUUUUAACAACUCUUUCUGAUUUCAUCCUGGGAGGUGGAUUCAGAACACGAGUGCUGCUUUUGUUGGAGGUUUGCUCUUUCCUCUCAGCUGAACAGCUGAAUGUAUAGGACUUUUACAUGAGGGUUUUUUUUUUUUUUUUGAGACAGAGCCUCACUUUGUUGCCCUUGAGUACUAUGGUGUCACAGCUCACAGCAACCUCCAACUUUUGGGCUUAAGCGAUUCUCUUGCCUCAGCCUCCCAAGUAGCUGGGACUACAGGUGCCCACUAUAAUGCCCGGCUAUUUUUAAAGACAAGGUCUUGCUUUGGCUCAGGCUGGUCUCGAAUUCAUGAGCUCAAGCAAUUUACCUGCCUCAGCCUCCCAGAGUGCUAAGAUUACGGGCAUGGGAACCAUCUCGCUGGACUUUUUUUUUUUUUUUUAAGACAGAGACUCACUCUGUCACCCUGGGUAGAGUUCCAUGCUGUCAUAGCUCACAGCAACCUCAAACUCUUGGACUUAAAAGAUCCUCUUGCCUCAGCCUCCUGAGUAGCUGGGACUACAAGAAUGUGGCACCACAACUGGCUAAUUAUUUCAAUUUUUUGUAGAGAUGGGAUCUUCCUCUUGCUCAGGCUGGUCUUAAGACUAUUGGUAGUUGGGUUUGGUGGUUCAUGCCUAUAAUCCCAGCACUUGGGAGGCUGAGGCGGUGGAUUGCCUGAUCUCACAGGUUCGAGAGCAGCCUGAGCCAGAGCAAGACUCCAUCUCUAAAAAAUAGAUGGGUGUUAGGCCGUGCCUGUGGUUCAAGAAGUAGGGCGCAGACCCCAUAUACCCAAGGUGGUGGGUUCAACCCCCAUCCCGGCCAACAACUGCCAAAAAAGAAAAAAAAGGCAAGAAAUAGCUGGGUGUUGUGGUAGGCGCCUGUAGUCUAAGCUACUUGGUAUGCUGAGGCAAGAGAAUCACUUGAGCCCUAGAGUUUGAGGUUGUUGUAAGUUAAGAAGCCACAGCACUCUAUCGCAUUCUACCGAGGGUGACCAAGUGAGACUGUCUCAAAAAAAAAAAAAGACAAAAAGACUACUGGCCCCCCAAAGUAUUAGGAUUAUACCACACUUGGCCUGAAAGCCCAAAUUUUAUGAGUAACAAUGUCUGUUGUUUUCCUUUCAAGUAGUAGCUCACUUUGUACUUUUUUUUUUCUUUUUUCUUUUUUUUGUUGUUUUUUCAGUUUUUGGCCGGGGCUAGGUUUGAACCCGCCACCUCCAGCAUAUGGGGCUGGCGCCCUACCCACUUGAGCCACAGGCACCGCCAUGUACUUUUAAGAAAAAUUCUGCCAGUUACCCACAUUUGAAUACCAUGCUGUCAGAUGUUCUUUCUAAUAAUCAUGGUAUUCUGUCAAAAGCAAGUAGGCCAGCUCUGAACUCAAAUUACACCAGUUUUUGAGACAACCACUGUAAGCUCUGUACUACUUUCCUGUUGUGACAACACUAAAAAUAUUUUUACCAGGUGGUGCCUGUGGCUCAGUGAGUAGGGCGCUGCCCCCAUAUACCGAGGGUGGCGAGUUCAAACCCAGCCCCAGCCAAACUGCAACAAAACAUAGCUAGGCAUUGUGGUGGGUGCCUGUAGUUCCAGCUACUUGGGAGGCUGAGGCAAGAGAAUAGCCUAAGCCCAAGAGCUGGAGGUUGCUGUGAGCUGUGAUGCCACUGCACUCUACCGAGGGUGACAGAGUGAAACUGUCUCUAAAAUAUAUAUGUACGUAUAUAUAUAUAUAUAUUUUUUUUUUCUUUUACCAAAGACAUUGAAAUGUAAUAAAAUCAAUUAUUUGUACGGAUUAAGGACUUUAAUUUUCUUUUAUAAGAGAAAGGUCUAGGUCUACUGCCCAGACUAGAGUGCAGUGGCAUGAUCAUAGCUCACUGCUGCCUGGAACUCUUAGGCUCAAGUGAUCAUCCCACUUGGCCUCCCAAAGUGUUGGAACUAUAGGCAUCAGCCGCCAGGUGUGGCCUGAAUUGCUUAAGGAUAUUCUUUUUUUUUUUUUAAGGAUAUUCUUAAAACUGGUGUUUCACAAACCUUGAGAACAUGACAGUGAUGAAUACAGACUAACAGUACUGUGGGGUGCUGAGGUCCCAAGCUUUUUUACUUAAAAUUGUUUUCACACUUUCAAUGCAUAUAUUAACGUAAAUAUUAAUACAAAGGCAAUUAGCAUCUUAUUACCCUUAAUGGAAAUAGUUCUGACCUUGUGGACCUCCUGAAAGAGUCCUAGGGCUCCUGAGGUCUACUUUUGAGAAUUGCUGCUAUAAAGAAAUAGCUUCAAAAGACUGAAUAUACAAGCCAUUCUCAUGCAGUAAGUAGCUGCUGCUUCAUACAGAAUUUGUCCUCUUGUGUAACUGGCUUAUUUCACUUGGUAUAAUGCCCUCAUGGUUCAUCCAUGUUGUACCAUGCCAGAAUUCCCACAUUAUGUUUGACCACUCAUUCCUCGUUGACAGACACCUGGAUUUCUUCUACCUCUUGGCUAUGUGAACAAUGGUGCUACAACUGUGUGUGCAAAUAUCUCCUUGAGAUUCUGUUUGGGUACAUUUAAUUGCUACAUCAUUUAACAGUUCCAUUUUUGACUUUUUGGUUGCACCAUUUUAAUAUUCCCCAAAGCAGUAUAUAGGGUUCCAAUUUCUCUGCAUCUUCCUUAACACUUGUUAUUUUGUUGUGAAUGGUGUAAGAUGUUCUCUUAUUGUGGUUUUGACUUGCAUUUCUCUUCUAAAGACUGAUGAUGUUGGCAGCACCUGUAGCUCAGUGGGCAGGGCAGUGGCCCAUACACCUAAGGCAGCGGGUUCAAACCCGGCCUGGGUCUGCUAAGCAACCAUGAGCAUUGCAACCAAAAAAAUAGCUGGGUGUUGUGGUGGGUGCCUGUAGUCCCAGCUACUUGGGAGGAUGAGGCAAGAGAAUCGCUUAAGCCCAAGAGUUUGAGGUUACUGUCAGCUGUGAUGACAUGGCACUCUACCCAGGGCAACAGCUUGAGACACUGUCUCAAAAAAAAAAAUUGGUGAAAUAAAUUUGUAUUAAAAAAAACAACUAGGCUUGGCGCCCAUAGCACAGCCACAUACACUGAAGGUGGCAGGUUUGAACCCAGCCUGGCCCAGCUAAACAUAACUGGGCGUUGUGGUGGGCACCUGUAGUCCCAGCUACUUGGGAGGCUGAGGCGGGAGAAUUGCUUAAGCCCAAGAGUUUGAGGUUGCUGAGAACUGUGGCACCACAGCACUCUACCGAGGGUGACAUAGUAAGACUCUGUCUCAAAAAAAAAGGAAAAAAAAAGACUAGUGGGCGGUCCCUGUGGCUCAGUGAGCAGGGCGCCAGCCCCAUAUACCGAGGGUGGCGGGUUCAAACCCGGCCCCGGCCAAACUGCAACAAAAAAAUAGCCGGGUGUUGUGGCGGGCGCCUGUAGUCCCAGCUACUCGGGAGGCUGAGGCAGGAGAAUUGCCUAAGCCCAGGAGUUGGAGGUUGCUGUGAGGUGUGUGAGGCCACGGCACUCUACCGAGGGCCAUAAAGUAAGACUCUGUCUCUACAAAAAAAAAACUAGUGAUGUUGAGCAUUUUUUUCACGUUUCUUGGCCAUUGUGUAUCAUUUUUGGUUUUGCUUUUUUUUUUAAUUAAAUAAUAACUGUGUGACUUGGCAGCUGUAGCACAGUGGUUAUGGUGCCAGCCACAUGCACUGAGAGUAGCGGAUUCGAACCCAACCCCGGCCAGCUAAACUAUAACUGCAACAAAAAAAUAGCUGAGUGUUGUGGUGGGCACCUGUGGUCCCAGCUACUUGGGAGGCUGAGGCAAGAGAAUCUCUUAAGCCCAAGAGUUUGAGGUUGCUGUGAGUUGUGACGCCACAGCACUCUACCAAGGGCAAUAGUGAGACUUUGUCUCAAAAAAAAAAAAAAUAGUAACUGUGUACAUUAAUGCAUUUAUGGGGUACAAUGUGCUGAUUACAUACAAUUUGGAAUGCUUACAUCAAACUGGUUAAUAGCCUUCAUCUCACUUAUUUGUUAAGACAUUUAUACUCUCAUAGUUUUGACAUGUAUCCUUGCACUGUGCACAAUGGGUGAGGCCCCACAAGUUACCCGCCUUCCUCCCAGCCUCCCCCCCCACCUUUUUCCUCCUUCAUUCUGGACUAUAGUUGUGUUUUAUUAUUCUUUUUUUAAAAAUGUUAUUUUACUUUAUUAUUAUUAUUAUUUUUAGUCUCACUUUAUCACCCUCAGUAGAGUGCUGUGACAUCACAGCUCAUAGCAACCUCCAACUCCUGGGCUUAGGCAAUUCUCUGGGCUCAGCCUCCCGGGUAGCUGGGACUACAGGCGUCCACUACAACGCCUGGCUAUUUUUUUGUUGCAGUUUGGCCAGGGCUGGGUUCGAACCCACUAUCCUCAGUAUAUGGGGCCAGUCCCCUACCCACUGAGCCACAGGCACCGCCCGUGUUUUAUUAUUCAUAUGAAAGUGUGGGUGAUUAUAUAUUGGUCUCAACAAAUAGUACUGAGUACACUGGAUACUUUUUCUUCGAUUCUUGAGAUACUUUACUAAGAAGAGUAUGUUCCAGCUCCAUCCAUGUAAACCCAAAAGAUGUAGUCUCCAUCUUUUUUAUGGCUGCAUAAUAUUCUAUGGUAUACAUAUACUACAAUUUGUUAACCCAUUCAUGGUUGAUGGGCGCUUGGGCUGCUUCUAUGACUUGGCAAUUAUGAAUUGGUGCAAUAAACAUUCUAGUGCAAAUAUCUUUGUUGUAAAAUGAUUUUUGGUCUUCUGGAUAUAUAUAUACCUGGUGGAGGAAUUGCAGGAUCGAACGGCAGGUCUACUUUUAGUUCCCUAAG